GCUUUGUGCCGCUCUUGUUUUGUCAAAAUUAGUUAAACUUAUUUAUAACGCUUAUAAUUCUUUACAUCCUAUCACCGCUAUAUACGCUUUCUCAGAUUCUACAAUUGCUCUUUCUUGGAUUAAAUCUUCCCCGCAUAGAUGGUCAAUAUUUGUAGGAAACCGCAUCGCUCAAAUUCAGGAGAAUUUAUCACCUGACCGCUUUUUUCAUAUUAAUGGUAAGGAAAAUCCUAGCGAUUGUGUGUCACGAGGUCUUUUACCGUCACAAAUUAUUAAUAACUCGCUUUGGUGGCAGGGUCCUUCUUGGACCUGCUAUCCUAUUUCACAAUGGCCUAUUGAACCUUUUGUACCUUGUAAAUCUGGAAGUGACAUACCUGAAAUGAAAAAAUCUGUAACACUUACCGCUUUAACUGUUGUCGAAGAUUCCCCAAUAUAUCAACUUGGGUUGAGAGUUUCGUCAUGGUCAAAACUUCUUCGCUGUGUUGUUUAUGUACUUCGAUUUAUAAGAAAACUACCGCGAAACAAGUUUGUAACCGCAUCCGAUUUAAAUACUGCUGAGAAAGCUAUUAUUCGAGCUCUUCAAGCUAAAUAUUUUGGUCAUGAUAUUGCCAGCAUUAGAAAAUUAGAUUUACCUUCGAAAAAUAUUCGUAAACUUAGUCCAUUUAUUGACGAAGAUGGAAUUUUACGUAUUCAGGGUAGACUUUCGAGCUCUGAUUUACCGUUUGAAACGCAACACCCCGCUUUAUUGCCAAAACACGAUCACAUAAUAAAUAUUAUUGUUGAUUAUUUUCAUAAUACAAACUUGCACACUGGUCCGGACCUUUUGAUGUCCAUUAUUCGUCAACGCUUUUGGAUAUUGUCCGCUAGAAACGUUAUAAGAAAAAGAGUGCAUAUGUGUAAAUCAUGUUUUCGAGUAUCACCUUCACACCCAACUCCCAUGAUGGCUGACCUUCCGUCAAGCCGUGUAAUGGAGGCCAAAGCUUUCUGUCACACGGGAGUAGAUUACGCGGGCCCAUUUAAGAUAACGCUUGUACGCAAACGUGGUCAUCAUUCACAAAAGGCUUACAUUUGCCUGUUCGUAUGCUUAACGACAAAGGCUAUACAUAUUGAGUUAGCCUCGGAUUUGUCAACGGACUCAUUUCUUGCCGCUUUCAAACGUUUUAUAUCUCGUCGAGGUCCAGUUUCUUUCAUGUAUUCAGAUAAUGGCACUAAUUUUGUUGGCGCAAAGGCUCAGUUAGAUGAAAUGUAUAAACUUCUAGUUUCAAAUAAUUUUAUAUCCGCAUGGAAUGAUGAAUUAACUAAAUACCGAAUCAUUUGGAAGAUGAUCCCGCCUCGGGCUCCACAUUUUGGAGGUUUAUGGGAAUCAAACAUUAAAUCCGUUAAAACUCAUUUAAAUAGAGUAAUAGGCGCACAAAUUCUCACUUACGAAGAGAUGUUGACUGUGUUGAAUCAAAUAGAAUGUCUUAUGAAUUCCAGACCUUUAUGUCUUUUAUCCGCAGAUCCCAACCCCGAAAUUCUCACACCCGCACAUUUUUUGAUGUCCACUCCUUUGCAGUAUUUACCCGCGUCUGAAUUGUCCGCAAAUCAGAUGAGUCUGACUAAUCGCAAAGCGUUGUUAGAUGGUUUGGUUAAUUCCUAUUGGAGGAAAUGGAGAUUAGAGUACCUGCAUACGUUGCAAGUCAGACAGAAGUGGUGUACAUCAGAUAACCCCGUGAAGGUUGGGACAGUAGUUCUUAUUCAUCAAGAUGACAUUCCACCGCUCCGCUGGCCACUUGGCGUUAUACAAGAGGUGUAUCCAGGUGCCGAUAACAUUAUACGCGUUGCUUUGGUAAAAACGAAAUCUGGAUUUCUUAAACGUCCAGUUGUAAAAUUAUAUCCGCUACCGCUAGAAUAAAUUAGAGUACCGCAUGUCAUCAACCGCUUCAACUCUACUCGUAAACAUUCAUGAUGGCUUAUUAUUAAUUAAAAUUUGUUUCUUUUCAAAUAACUUCCCGCUAUUUAAGCUUUAUGCUUCCUAUCUUAGUAUCUUUAUAUAUUUGUUGAAAGUCCUGCGAACUUUCAAGGCGGGCAGGAUGGUCACGCGGAUUUAGUAAUGGGAUGCUAAUGAAUUAUUGGGAUGGCGCCACCUUUGGAGUUUGUCAGUAACUAAUUACCGCGACUAUCCAAAGGUGGCGCCAUCCCAAUAAUUCAUACCCAAACAGUUGGAAAAUUGCCAUCUUUGAAAAAGUAAAUUUGCGACACUUUUUAGCUUAUCACAGGUUAGUUGCGGCAUAUGUAUUUGGACCAAAUUUUUCCAAAUAGCUUCUAGUUUGAUAAAUUAUUUUAGCAACUGUACUUCGUUUUAAUCGGUAAGAUUGAGCCAGAGACCUAAACGAUCCGCUGUGACCGAGAAACCUGAAAUAAAAAGGCACUUAUAAAUGAACUAGCUUUCCGCUCGCGGAAAUAAAUUUCAUACUUAAUGUGAUAUUAUGGCUAUAUAUCCAUAUUGCAUCUAUGCAUAUUUUAUGCAAUACUAAUAAUGUUGUACUAUAGGCUAUGAUUUAAGAUGGAACUAUCGUGAAUAAAAAUUCAGUUGUUCCAUACAAAAUUUCAAUAUUGGUAAUUACUUUAAUUUUUCAGGCGAUAGCUUAAAGAAAAAAUGGAAUAACCUAAAAGAUAGCUAACAGAAAGAACUUAAAAAAGUACCUAGGUUGCAGUCUGGAGAUGAAGGUUCAGAUUAUCAAUCUCAGUGAAAGUAUUUUGAACAAUUAUCAUUUUUGAAAGACGAAUAUGUGCCCACCCUGUGGGAAACUAACUUAAUAGAAGAGGAAACUUCAACUCAGGUUAUAACCGAAGAAUUGUUGCCGUCACUUUUGGAAUCACCGCUACCUCCGCCGCCGGUUUCACCAGUGCCAUCAAAUCCCACUUCUCCGCCACAGCAACCAACAACUCCACAAGAGUCGUGCUACCACCUCAAGAGAAAAUGAAAAACAAAAUUCUUCCCGAAAACGAUUGAAAACAACUGAAAUCCGUGCUGAAUAUUUAGAACUGAAUAUUUAGUUACAUAGAGAGAAAAAAAUUGAAAUUAUUGGAAGCUGAUUUAGCAGGUAGUAAAGAAAAGGACAUUCCCAAGUCAGACGACUAUCACUUUUUGAUGAGUCUAUUACCAGAAAUGGAGAAGCUUAAUGUUUUACAGAAAUGAGACUGAAAAAUAAAUUAACUCAAGCUUUGAUGGACGAAAUUAGCCUCAAUCAAUAUCCAGGAUAUCAAAGCUAUUGCACUCAACCUCCGCCUUCUGACUACGGCAUAAAUAAUUUACCAAAAAGUUAUGAACUUAAUUAUUACUAAACGACAUGCUAAAGAUGUAAUUAUAAUUAAAAACAAAAUCAGUGAUUACUAAUUUGACUAUGGUAUAUUAAUAAAUAAAUAAACACGGUAAACAAAUUAAUACUUUUUAUUUAUCUACAAGAAACAGCUGUUCUAGAGGAGAAACAAUGUUCUUGAAAUUAACUUUAGCUUUCAAGUUUUCUUGUAUGUGGCCGAGUAUAUAAUCAAAUGUUUCUAUGCUUGCCCGCGUAUAUUCAAAAAAAUUAUCGGGAUAUUUCCUAUACUCAUAAUAAAGACUGAAAUUCGCCAAAUUCUCUCCUUUUUUGGUUAACUGGGUGCGCUCCUAUUCUUGACUGAAUGAUAUCGUCAGCUAAGAAUGCACUUGUUUCAAGGCAAUAUCGUGCUACUUUUGAUAGGAGCAUUUGAUAUUUUAAGCCAUUCUCUAAAUACGUGCACGUCUGACGCCGCCGCCGCCGCAUCUAGUCUAGAUGUGGCAUACCCCCGCAAAUCGCGCCGCCCGCCGCGCCUCGCAACGCACCGCCAGUAGCUGUGGCCAGCCCCUUAGAGGAUUCCUUCAAGCUUCUGGAAUGGCAAGCAUUUGGCAUCAAUAUAAACGGCGAAUACAUCACACACCUUCGGUUUGCUGACGAUAUAUAAUAGUAGUCAUGGCUGAGUCGCUGGAAGAUUUGGGACAGAUGCUCGGUGACCUCAAUAGAGUUUCUCAACGAGUGGGCCUUAACAUGAAUAUGGAUAAAACGAAAAUCAUGUUCAAUGUCCAUAUUAAGCCCACCGCAGUUACUGUUGGGAACUCUAUUCUUGAAAUUGUAGACGAAUAAUAGAUAGUCCGAUUAGGUAAGUCCAACUUCGAGAGAGAGGUCAGUAGGCGGAUCCAACUCGUCUGGACAGCGUUCGGUAAAUUAAGAAAUGUGUUCUCGUCCAAAAUCUUCCUCGGCCUUUCAUGAUUCUGGGUGAUUUCAACUCUCGUCACAGAUCUUGGGGUAGUUUAGUUUCUAAUAGUUAUGGGUAUAAAUUAUUGAAUAUCUUAGACACGUGCAUUUUAAACUCCGGUUCUCCUACUCGCCUCACAAAGCCCGGUGAAGUAAUUAGUUCCAUUGCCCUGUACAUCUGUGCUCCCCAUUUAGCAUCUUCUCUAUCUUGGUCAUAAUCAUUUCAUUUCCCUGCAAAAAAAAAGCUACAAUGUUUAUUCAAAACUCUCGCCUCAAACACAAAAUCAUAGACUCUAAAUGGAGUCAAUACACUUUAUUAAUAGAAGAGAAAAUUAACAGUUGCUCAAAAGUUGAUGUUACAGAUAAUAAUUAAUUCAAAGCUGUUUUGUUAGAACCGGCUGAUAAUGUUUUUCCAAAGAAAAAGCCGCGUAGUAAUACACCGUGGUGGAUGAAGAAUGUACCAUUGCUAUAAAGAAACGUAAGGCAGCUGAGCGUAAUUUUUGCAAUAAUAUGUCUAUGGAAAACUACGAAGCAUUAAUGACUGUAAUGAAAGAAGUUAAAAAAACUAUUUAAAGAAAAAGAAAUUUGACGGGUGGAGGAAACUUUGUCACCUGAAACCAGAAACACAUGCUAUUGUCAUAUAGUGAAAUAUCAAAAGAUUUAGAUCAGCUGUCAAUUCUUCUAACGCAUCGUUGCUGCCUAUAAAAUUAACUGAUCGAUUUCUUGAUCGCUUGGCUCCUCCUUCUGCUCCACUUAGCGAUCCUAUCCUCUCUUCUAUACAAAAUAACUCUGAUGCCCCUUCUUCUCUGUAUUAAAUCACGUCAAAGACAGUGCUCCUGGGGAAGAUGGGAUUCCAUAUUCCUUUCUGUGUCACCUUGGCGAAAAAGGAUUAAAUUACGGAGACGCGGUGGGCGGGGAGGGGGGGACGCACCAGCUGAUCGGACUAACCGCCACCGCACCCUCGGCGGCUCGCCGACAGAUUCGGUCAGUUUCGUGCGCUCAUACGAAUAUUAUAAUGUUUUUAUAAAUCUGUAAAGUAUUAAUUAUUCUAAAGCGAGUCGUAUAUUAUUGGAAUUUCAUUAACAUUAGUGGCGACCGUUUACAAUCGCGACUAAAAGCUAAAAGUAAUCUUCGAAUAAACAAUGGAUAACCGUUACUGGAAUUUGAAUUUAUGGAACAAAGAGAUUUGGAUUGGAUUGCUGCUUAUGCUCCCUUCUGCCCUGGUGAAGUGAAAACUUUGCUGAGGACUGCUGGACGGGACACCCAAGGGAAGUUGGCCUAUUAAUCCUAUCCACUUUUUUUUCCUUUUCGAUUUGCGUACUGUUAUACGGAAUUGAGAAAAUAUCUUUUUAAAAAAGAUUUUAUUGAUGAAAUAGACAUAUAAAGAUUUUACGACAAUGACGGCAACCAUGCCGUGUGGAAUUAGGAAUAGGACUGACUGACUAGGGAGGGGAUUGUUCUCUAAUAAAGGAUCAUAAGUGCUGAUACUACUCGGGAAAGGUGAUGAUAAAAGCAAAGCUAGGAACCAGAGGGUAUCAUAAUAGCCCCCCGACUAGGACUAAACUUACACCCUUAAUGGUGAAGUUUAUGUAUGGAUGCGGAUUCUAGGAUUAUUAGAAAUAAGAGGUUAUUCUGGAUCUGGAAGGACGUUUGAGUUAUGGGAAUGGGUGAAUCUAGAAAGGAUGCAACUGUUGCUAAUCUUAUAAAGUUUAUAAAGUAAAGCUAAAACUAAGCUAAAACUAAAAAAAAACUAUUACAAUAUUGUGUAUUAAUUACUAUUCGAGAAAGGUGAUGAUGAAAGCAAAGCUAGGAACCAGAGGGUAUCAUAACAAUACGGCUUGCCGCUCCGAAAGCGUUACAAGAUAGUAUUUCAAGUGCACUAUUACUAUUCUUCUUUGUAAUUUACAACUGAUCAACAGCCGCUGUUAGCGUCAGUGCGUGAUAAGUACUGACCUAUUGGCGGAAGAUGAUUAGCGCGGCAAGUUGAACAAUGUAUUGUUUGGGUCAUUUGGGUCAUUUACCUGAAGCGCGUACGAAUGCUUGUUUUCUUUUCUACUCGUGUGGAAUUGACUUUGCUGGACCUUCCAUGAUUACUAACCGGAAAGGUCGUGGUAACCGUAUCACUAAAUGUUAUUUAUGUUUAUUUGUUUGCUCAGUACAAAAGCAAUACAUUUAUAACUGGUUAGUGAACUAAGUACUCAAGCUUUUAUUUUAUGCCUAAGGCGUUUCAUAUCACGUAGAGGAAAAUGUCAUGAGUUUUUUUGCGACAACGGCAGGAAUUUUGUGAGUGCAAACAAUGAACUAGGUAGGUUUCUUGGAUCCAGUCAGUCUGUUGGUUAUUAUGCUACUUCUGAAGGAAUCAAAUUUGUAUUUAGCCCCGCAUACUCUCGCAUACACUUCGGUUUUUCAACGCUUCAAACAGAGGCGGGGCCUCUCUGACACAUCAAAAUGCUAAAUCGAAUAUCCUCCAGAAUUCACUAGAUGAAAUAAAAAGGCAAAAUGACAGCAUUACAACAAUGCAGAUGCUGUCAGAUAAGUAUGACGAUAUCCAAAGGGAACUGGCUAAAAAAGAGCGUAAGGAUAAUCUAUCUUACAUAAAGCUGCUGGAAUCAAAAUUGGAAAACGUCGAAAACAAAUCGUGCGCCUCCAGGAUUGAGAUACGUAAUAUUCCUCAGGACGAAUAUGAAACUAAGGAACAGCUGGUUACUACUGUGCUGGAUAUUGGUGCCAUUAUCGGUGUCCAGGUUGGUGCCCACAAGGUGAGGGAUGUUUUCCUCACCACGAAACUAAAUACCACUAAACCGAUCUUGGUUGAAUUUACAUCAGUAAUCCUGAAGGAGAAAUUUAUGAAAGCAGUCAAGGCUCUUAAUAGAAAGGAGGACGGAAAAUUGAACACUGUGUUCAAACUUAACGUCCCCCCUAAACCUAUAUACAUAUCUGAGUUCCUGACUUCCAAAGGUAGGAGGCUCUAUUUCCUGGCUCGUGAUUUAGCUAAAUCCCAUGGAUUCGCUUUUUGUUGGUCUUUGUUCGGUAGCUCAGUAAAAGUAAGUUUAUUGUUCUUGAGGUUUUAUUGUAAGGUGGACUGUAUAUAAAGUUUAAUUCAAUAUCAGCCGCGAGUCGCGCGUGCGAUUCUAUAUCGUUCCCGUUGUGUUCUGUGUCGCUGUAUGUGUUCGGCCCUCGCCGCUCGAGUCGUCGAUGCCGUGGUGGUGGUUGGACCCCCCCGCAGACCUCGUAGUCCCCGUUUGUACGUGAAGUACUGGCGCGGACAGUCUUCAUUAGGAAAAAUCUAUCUAAGGAAAAAGGAGGGUCAUCCACAGUUAAAAAUUAACGAAGAGGCUGACUUGGUCAAACUGAAGGAGAUGAAGUGACUAGUUGAGAUGACCAACUCCACGUCGACCUUUAACCACAAAUAUAUGUACUUAAGUUUUGCUACUAGAGUUAAUUUUUUUAAUACUCUUGUUUUAUGUUAUCGCCUCUCUGUUUGUAUUGUGUUAUCUCUUUAUGAUAGUAUACUAAGCACACUUACACUUUACACAUUUGCAGCUACUGCUAGUCUCCAUGACCUUACUGUUGUUGGAUCAAUAGUCUCAUUGUUUCUCUGCUCCGGAACAAGUAGUCCUUGUUCUAAAAGUAAUCUGCCUGCCUCAAAUAAUCUAAGCCCUGUUGCUUGGACUAGAUUUUAUAAUAGUAUACAGAAUCUUAUUUUUUAAUCUCUCUGUCUUUUUUGUUUUUAUAAAUGGAUGAGGUAAUUUUUCAAGACAUUGAUAAUAUUUCCAUCUCCAAAUCGAUUUCUUGUGAGGUGGAGGAUGCUGGACGCCUUCUGCGGGAUCGGUGUACCAGCUUGGUUGUAUGAAAUCAGAAUAUAAGAAGUAUUGCCCGAAAUUUCGAUGGUCUUUUAGUUUUAGGGAGGCUCGAACUAGACUGCGAUAUAAUAAUAUUAACCGAAUGUUGGUUAUCAUGCUGUGGGUUCGUGCCCAGUAUUGAAGGUUAUAAUAAUUUUAAAACUACCUCAAAAUGACGGGGCCGUCGUCUAUUAUAAAAAUCAUCUUCAAGUGAUAAUUGAGGAACCAGUCUUUGAAGAAGGCAAUUGUCCAUUCUGAAACUGCGAUUGUUGCGGUUUAUUCAUCACCCUCCUAAAGGUGUUUGAAAUCUUUCGAUGAUGCAUCACCCGAAGUCCUGGCUGAUCUCCUAAACCUUAAAAACGUAUCUAUUAUAUGUGAUAUUAAUAUUGAUAUACUUCUCGAAAAUUUUGACAGUAAUGCACAGUAAUGCAUAACUAUCUUAAUAUUUGUGCAAGUCAUGGACUUCUACCAGCUCACACCUUACCUACCCGACUUGGUAAAUCGUGCUUAAACCAUGUCAUAUUAUAAACUUGUAAUGGUGCUCUCACAUUAGUAACUAAUUCCACUUUGACUGACCAACAAGCAAUCAUUCUUUGCUUAUGUCGCGGAAGGAGCCCCUUCACAUCUACAAUCAAACACUCACCCAGAAUAGGCAAUUAAAUGCGCAACCAUACACAACAUCACAUACAUCCACGCAAACAGAAAACACAACUUUAUUCUCAAUAAAUGACAAUGAAAUUCUAAUAGACCAUCAACCAAUCACAGAUAAACAGGCUCUAGAACUACAAGACAAAUUCAGACCUGCUCUAAUACAAUAUGCCGGCAUGGACCCUGAAGCUCGACCACGAUUACCUAAACUGAAACAUAGCCCUAAACUAUUCCAUCUUAUUUAUUUAUUUAAUCAAAAUAUUUUACAAAAUUUUGUGACGCCUGAAAUACAAAUAACUGAAACGCACACACUCAUAUACUGCACAGCAUUAGCAAUAAUAUUGAGCUUAAUUAUAAAGUCAAAAACUCACUAGACAAGACGUCACAAAAGUCAAGAAAAUAUUGAAAUAUCAGUGGUAGCACAGUGUGGUUGGAUGAAUAUCUAGUGACAAAUGGAAGAAGCAUAUAUAAAAUAGUAAGUAACAAAAAAAAAUGAGCUGGAGCAUAGAACCGUUAACAAAAUCAAAUUACGAUAUGGUGCUUACAAGCACAGGCGAUUCUCAUAAGAUAUGAUUUGUGGGAAUACGCUAGUGGUGAAAUAACGUUAGCGGCAACUACGACUGCCGAAGAAAAGAGUGCGUUCCUAAAGGAAGACUUAAAGGCAAGGUCAGUCAGGCUACUUUUACUUAUAUAUCCACUAGAACUUAAACAAAUUAAAGGGUGUAAUACAUCCAAGGAGGUAUGGGACAAACUAAAGUCUGUACAUCAAAGUUCAGGACCGGCAAGAAAGGCUACGCUAUAGCCGCUAGUCCACCCCCCUAUCAAUGGGCCCAGUGAGUUUAAAUCGGAACAAAGGGCAGAGGAAGAGAGUGUGCGGAUUAUCACGCUAUUGACAAAAUGCCCACGUAAUCCUCAUGUGGUGCUGAGCAGCCGGCCCCUCAACCGAGCAACGGCGCCGGGCCUAUAUCAAUUGAGAGAUUACGUGGUUCGGCAAACUAUGUAUCUUGGAAAUUCUCGAUGCGCAUGCUGUUAACCUUAGAAAAUAUUUGGAGCUGUGUGGAAUCAACGGAUAAAUCAGCUACUACAGAAACUCAACGCGACCAGAGAGCAUUAGCAAGAAAUUGUCUUGGUGUGGAACCUGCCUUGUACCAGUAUGUUCGCGACUACAAAACUGCCAGUGAUGUUUGGAAGAACUUAGCCAAGAUUUUCGAGGAUCGUGGAUUAUACAGGCGAGUACUUUUACUCCGGCAACUUCACCAUAUAGAAUACAAAAAAUAUUCUAAACAUGCCUAAGCCUAUUUUGCCUAUAUAAUACCUAUAAUGUCAAAAAGAAAGUAUUUUGCAGUUUCUGUGGAAAAAGUGAACAUGUUCGUAACAGAUGCUUUAAGCUCAGGAAACAGAAGAAAGAGGAGGCUGAGAAAGCUACAAUUGCGACUGAUUGUGCCUAUUCAGUGACACAGAUGACUUCAUAGUUGACAGUGGGUGUAGCAGUCAUAUGAUAAAUAAUAAGAAUAUGUUCCAAAAUUUUAAUAAUAAGAAGAGUCAGGUUUGUAUUGCUAAUAAUACGUACCUGGAUAGUGAGGUAUCAGUAAAUUUACUAUUCCUUGUUCAAAUAUAAAAAUAGAAGCUAUGCUCAUCCCUAAAUUAGCUACCAAUUUACUUUCCAUUAGUAGUAGUAGCAGUGUAGUAGUAGCAUCAUACCUGCAGGUAAUACUACGCAGCCAAUUGGGUGUGCCUUCUACAAGAGAAACAUCAGGUAAAGUCUCGUUUUAUUGAUUUUAAAACCUUGUUGAGAAACAGACCGGAGCCAACAUAAAAUGUCUACGAAUCGAUGGAGACGGUGAAUAUUUUAAUGAUUGUUUCAAAUAUUUUCUUAAGUUUCAGGGAAUUAUUCAUCAAAUAACCAUUCCGUAUUGCCCUCAGCAGAACGGAGUAUCUGAGAAGUUAAAUAGGACUUUGUUAGAGAAAGCAAGAUACAUGCUGGAGGAAUCUGGUCUUAGCCGGGAAUAUUGGGGAAUAAUAUAAAAUCUAAAAUUGCUAAAUGUCGUGGUUCAAUAGCCCAAGGUGUGUCUCCAAGCAUAGCUGAUAGAUCUAACCUUUCAACUUCCAAUGUAAAAUUAUCGAUGGUUAAUAUCAACACUUUCUCAGGAAAAAAAUAUUCUGAAUGGAACACAUUCCAUGACUUGUUUAAGUCACUAGUUCAUACAAUCAUGAUAUAAGCGAUGUCCAAAAAUUGCUCUACUUAAGAGAUUAUUUCAAUGGUGAGGCUGAGCAAUAUUCCAAUCACUCAUGACAACUACGCUAGGGCUUGGACUUUGCUUGAAGAACGAUAUAACAUUAAAAGUUAAGUUUCUAACUAAGCGCUAUAGAUUUCUUAAUAAAGAUUACAUUGAUAUUGAUAAAGAAUAUCAAUACGAUGGUGGAGGAAGCAAAGACAAGAACUUACUGUACUAUAGUUGGUAGUUCAUUCCUGGAAAGGUUUUCUUCUCACGCGGAUGGUACGGGUAAUUGCGUAUUGCAGACGUUUCGCAAAUAACUUAAAAAGGAAAUGAUUAGACAAAAGGAUCGGGUUUUUAACAACAGGAACAUGCACAACUCUCACACAGACCGACUACACUCACAGACAUAACCAAGGACUCGCGCGCUGGCGCUCGAGGAGAACGGACGUGUACGCGCAUCGAGCUCCGCUACUCCAGUGACGCCCCGCCACGAGCGGGGCUGCGUGAUGUAGCUCCAGGCCGACGUGCAGCGCAAGCGCUUUUUAGUAUCUUUAUCGCUAAUUAAUACUUAUAAAUUGACAAUUUUAGGUUAUAAGUGAAAGAAUGGAGGUAGAUAGUGAGUGGAAAACGGACGAUAAAUCGCCGUUUAAGAAGAUUGUGUUUGACAAUUAAUUCAAUCCAAUUAAUCCCAGCAAUGGAUUAGACACAGUGCAAUGUUUUUAUUGUAGCAUCGUUUCGGAAAAAGCGAAUUUUUACGACUGGAUUGGCGAUCAAUCCAUGUCUAAGAAUCACAAGUGUGCGUGUGAACAAGUGAGUGCUGUCAAAAUAUUUAUUCGCAGUGAACUAGAAAGCAUCUCAGAUGGUUCCGUUAAACUCAAUACAAAGUAUGUGCAUUACCUCGCAAAUGCGAACAAGCUCAAACAAGGCAAAGGCCCGCUGUGUGAAUGCUCAGGACCGUUGUUCGUUCAAGUGAUCGCACAAAACGAAUUCAUUAUUCGCGAAAGAAUAAUAUGUACAUACUGCAAGAAGAUGAGCCGCGUUGAAUUCAGAUGCGACACCAUCAAACCUAUGGCAAAAAAGCAAGUCGAGGGACCGUGGACGCCGGCUGCUAGAAUAAGUCAUACAAAAGAGCAAUCCGCAAAAGAUAAUGUUAUGAAAUAUAAUUAAUCUAGAGGCAUUAAAACCGUGGCGUCGCGGGACGCGAACCAAGCAUCACGUGAUAACAUAAUUCCCAACUGGGGUUCACAAAGCGCGGGAAUUCAACCGCAGCCAAAACCAAACCAAGAACACCGACCACGAGUAGAACCGAAGCCGACCGCUAUACUAACAAGUAACAUGUUUUCGCCGCUUGCUUUUGAUGAGGAAGAACGAGAUAGGGAAUCUGACGAUACCGUCUCAGUAUUGAGGGCACCAAGCGACGACGUGUUCAUAAGACACGGGCGGCAUCUAUUGGCGUCUCACCAGCGUAUCUCCCUUUUGACAACACGGGACAAAGCAGUGCUACAAAUGGAUCAAAUAAAAAUUUAACGAAGGAUACAAGAACAAAGCGAUAUCCUCCAUUUAUAUGUGAAUAUGACGCAUGGAUCUCGGAUAAAAACGAGUGGAAGGCGGCUAAUGAAAUUGCUCGAGUGAGUAAUUGUGAAAUACGCGCUAAUCCAAAGAGCAAGAAAAUAACAUUUAUUCCAAAAAGCAAGGAAGCUUAUGAAGCCAUACAGAGACGACUAAAUGAAAACCCAGAAAAAUAUAAUUACUACACAUACGGAUGAAAAGACGAUCAUCGCCCGGCAAAGAAACUAAUAGCUAAAGGGGUCCGCGCCGAAGGUUACACAGAGGAAGAAAUCAAAGCCGAUAUUCUUGCGAGAUAUGGAAUCAAGAUGGAACGGUUAAUUAUUAUGAAAAAUUCAGCGUUGAUUCUCAUCUUCCCAGGUGAAACUGACAUGCGAGUAGCCCGCGAUAUAAAGUUUAUCUUAAGUCAGCGUGCUACAAUCGAGAAAUACAAGGUACGAGACACCGCGGUGACACAAUGCAAGCGGUGCUGGCAAUUUGGUCAUGUGCAAUCUCACUGCCGGCGUCCAGAGCAACCAGACUCUGUUGAGCAACGCGAAGAUGGAGAUGUUUGGCAUGUGUGCUACAACUGUCACGAAAUUGGUCAUACAGCAAGACAGGCAAAGUGCCCGCUAUUCCAGUUAGAAAUAAAAAAACAGAAAAACAGGCGACAGGCUUUCGUCAAUAAUGAAGGACUUACACAAAAGCCCACAAACCGUAUGAUAGAAGCUUCGAAUAUAAAAGCAGCCGCAGCCACACGGGUCGACAGAACCAGCUAUGCAGCAGCAGUAGGUGCCUCAAGUAGCACUAAAACCACACGCAAGCCCCCUGAGAAUGAAUCCAUGGCGAAGGCGUUACCUGACUACUUAAAGAGUUGAUGAAAAGUCUGCAGGCAAAAGGCUAUCCCGCAGAAACAAUUUUGGAUUUUGUAAUUGAGCUUAUCAAUGGAUAAUUUGCCAAAUACGCUCAGAAGAAGAAAACAGUGUGUGAGAAUCGUACACUGUAACAUUCAAGGACUUCGCAACAAACACAUCGAGCUCAAGCAACUGGCAGUCAAACAACGGCCGGAUAUUAUAAUAGUAAACGAGUGUAAAGUAGAUUUUACAAAGUGUAAAUAUAACAUUCCAGGUUUUAACUAAAUUUACGAUACUAGGGCAACUCAUCUUGUCACUGCAAUGUACAUAAAGGAAGGUCUUCGCUGGAAUCUAACGACUGUGAUCCCAGGCGUGGAUGACGUUGAUCGUCGUAUUGAGGGAGUAGCGAUCGGAUUGAGAGAGAUUUAAAUUUGAGAAUGCAACAGCUUGGACAUUCUCAAACACAAGCCGCAGGUGCGCUGGUGCAGCGGGCCAUUGGCAACAGAGAGGCAAAAUUGGUGCAUACUGGCUUACCAUCUCGACCCUGCCAUCAAGGAAACGGAAUACUCGAUAUCGCACUGGUGACACAAGAGGCCAUGGAGUACACUUAUCGAACGAAGCAACUCGAUUCUAUCUCGUCAGAUCACUAUCCGUGGCAAUUGGAAGUUGAUAUAGAGGCGCACGAACAUGUGCUACUGAGGCGAAAGAUGAGCAGCAUUACUGAAACUAAGGAGUCUCGCAUCAAAUUCCAAGAGUUAAUCGAAGCAAAUCUUCCAGUAAUUGUGCCAACCACUGAUGCGGAAGCAGAUUCAUACGUCGAUAACUUGGAAAAUGUACUCACUGCGGCAUUAGAUGAGAUGGCGCCGCUACGAGAGUCAACACGACGGGAGGAAUUGCCAAUAAACAUCCAAUACCUGAUACAACAUCGCAACCGAAGCAAACUAAAGCAAAAAAUGCACCAAGAGGACAUAUUCUCCGUCGGAUAUACAACGCUGCAAAUUUAACUGAAGAAGAAACAAUCAAUACUCUGGUUGACACGGCAAUAGUAAAAGAAGCAAAUGUGGAUGACACUCAUAAAAAUUCUGAGUCCUUCACCCCAUACCAACCGCUGGCCGAGACCGACGUAGACGAGGUAAUACAAGCUCUUCGCCUCUUCAAGAACAAGAAAGCGCCAGGCCCCGAUCAACUAAGGGCUGACGCAAUAAAACUUGCUGGCAUAUUAUACCGCACUGACAAACACAAUAAACUACACUCUACGCACAGGAUAUUAUCCAAGCCGCUGGAAGCUGGGAGACUGUAUCUUCUUACACAAACCAGGCAAAUCACAUACCGAAGCUGCCUCGUAUCGUCCCAUUAUGUUACUUAACAUUAUGGGUAACCUGUGCGAACGAGUUAUGUAUAGCAGACUUCUCUCAGAAGUGAACCGUUUGCAUCUUAUCCCAGAAUACCAGCACGGUUUUACAAAAAAUAAAGGGACUGGUACCCAAAUUUUACGAACUGGUAAGGUUAUCACAGACGCUUUGGCAGAGGGCAACAGUGUAGCGAUGAUUUCUACUGAUCUCAGUAAAGCUUUAGAUUCCAUAAAUCACGCAGGGCUAAGCAAGAAACUGUUUAACGCUGGAAUGGCAAAUAAUGUGAUUAAGUUAAUAGAGAAUUACCUAAAAAAUCGGGAGGCUCGUGGUAAGUACCGAACAAUGUAUGGAAAAAGGCAGCCAGUUCCGCACGGGGUACCACAGGGCCCAAUUUUGGGGCCGAUCCAGGUGCCAGGGCGCUAGAGUGACGGUAGCGCGCAGCGCAGCCUCAACCCCCUUAGGUCACCCCGUGACCAUCACCGAAGGAGACUGCCUCCUCAUAGGGGCCGGAGCUGGACAAACGCCCUCCUCCGACCCCCGGCUCGGCGGCGGCGGCACGGGAGGGGAGAAGAGCUCUCCCUCUCCCGUUCCGCCGCUACCUUCUGUAAGAUGGUGGACUCGCAGAAGUCGAGCAUCGCCUGCCAGGACUCGUCGUUGCCGAGCAUCGUAGCCACGACUGUCGGAAGCGACAAAUUGGGUUCUAUUUUUGCAACGAGGACACGGCGAUGCUCCGCGAAAGCGGGGCAGUACGCGAGCGUGUGCUCCGCCGUGUGAAGAUAACACACCAUCACCCAACACACAAACAUUAAUAUCAAGCAGUUCGCACUUGGCUUGCGCCCAUACUAACAUGCAAUUACCGGCUCCGCCGAGAAAACAAGUCGAUAAAAAUAAUAAUAACACACGUCCUGAUUGAAGUAGGUGUUCACGUGUGGGGCGGACACACGAAUAAGAAAUUACCUCCGGACAUCGUUCUCGUCGAAUCCGUCACUUACGACGACGGGCGCGGCGAGUAAAUUAACCCACAGACACAGCCCGCUGAGUUUCUCGCCGGAUCUUCUAAGGGGGUCGCAUUUCCGAUCCGGUAGUAGAUUCUGCAAAGCUUUGGCUCUUGCUAGGGUUCGUGUUAGCAACAUCGGCAGGUUUGAGCCCCGUGAGCUCACCUACUAGCCCGGUGACGCUGAUAUGGUAUCUCUAGACCAUCAGCUUAAGUAUGAAAAAAAAUAUUGAAAUUACUGGCGUGGCUAACGUGGCUCUGGAAACCCAUCAAAAAUGGAGCUACGAUCUAAACGUAAACAUAUAGAACCGCUGCCAGGAGGCGAUCGCCAGGGCACGCAGGGUGAUAGUUUAACAGUCAGAACGAACACUUCAAUAGAACCAUAUAGCCCAAGUAUUGUAUCGUACACACCCUACAGAUCAUCUUUACUUCCCGUACCAUCGUCACCCCAAACACUCUCUUUUAAUCCAGAUUCACCCAUACCAAUCUUGAAUUGUGUACGGGAGGCAAAUUCCUUCUUGCCUGUAUCCACCAAGGCUGAGAAAUCACGAGAACGCAAGAAAUGGAGCAAAGAUGUGGUGAAUACGUUUAUCAUGCGUUUACUUUACUGCAUUACUUUCACAUAACCAAGUUAGAGAACGACAUGACCACAUACAGACAACAAUUGAAUCAACUUUUUUCCCAACAAUAUCGGGUAGUAACCGUUUUAGAACAAAGAAUAUCAAACCAGCGGAGAUUUAUAGUACGAAAUAAACUUCUCUCUCAAGAAAUAUUAGACCAAUUGAGAGAAGAAGUCCGUUUACAGUUACAAGAAGAAUCUGAAGAUAAUAAGCUCUAAUGCAUGACAUUAUUACAAGACACAGACGAAAAUAUUGUACAAGAACAACCACAUUCUUACACUCAAUCUCAACCAAUUUUACAAUCUCACCCAUCCCGUCAAUCGCAAGAAUACACAGACAUCACACACUUCCUCACAAACUGAAAAUUUAACCUUUAUGUUAAAAAAUGAUAUUGAGAACUUAGUCAUCGCAGAUUAGAAUUUAAUAACCAACACCUGUACCCAAAAAAUACAUGACAAAUUUACAAAAACUCUAACACAAUAUGCCGGUGUGGACCCAGCUGCUCGACCAAAACUCCCUAAGCUCAGAUACAACCCUAAUUUAUUUCGUUUAGUUAAUUUGAUUAAUGAACAUAAUUAUACCACCACCAUUUUUAACUAAUGAGGCAAAACUUAUAGACAAACAUACACUAAUCUAUUGCACAGCACUAGUUGUCUCUGAAGAACUAAACUACAGAAUAACAGUGUACACAGGUAACAGACAACAAAAAAACAACACGAAAUCACCAUGGCAGCAAAGGCUAGAAAAAUACAUAGAAACAGUGAGAGCAAACUGCGGAAGACUUACACAAUACACAAAUAGCAACAGAUCAAAUAAAGUAGUUAGGAGAGUGAGAUUAUAGAUUUAGAAGAAAUUAUAGAUUUUCUAUGAAAUAUAAUGCCCCUAUGAAGAACCACGCUACAAAUUAAUUGCAAUCCUAAUUCUAUCACAACACGUCAAAUAUCUAUUAAGAAAGGAAACUACCAAGGUGAUUCACUAAGCCCGCUGUGGUUCUGUCUCGCCCUUAACUUCCUGUCUCACUUGCUAGAGCGUUGCCGCGCUAGGUAUUGCCUCAAAAAUACCACAGAAAAAAUCACACCUCAUGUUCAUGGAUGACGUGAAACUAUACUCACAAUCAGAAAAAGAAAUGAAAAAAUUUGUAGAAGCAACAGCAGAGUUCAGUAAAUAUAUAACAUGCAAUUUGGUUUAGACAAAUGUAAAACACUUUAUAUUAUCGGAGGCAAAAUACAGCCCGGCGACUAUGUAAUAAACGACACAGACAUAACAGCAAUGGAACCGACCGACUUAUAUAAAUAUUGUUACGCGCUGGGUUUCGGGAUAAAUAAUUCCACCAAAGUACAACUAAAAGCCACUCACCACAGACUAGACGGGUCAAAUGACAAAAUGACCGCUGGUAAAAAUAUUAUGGAUAAGACCUUUCAAUUUCAUAUGAAUUUUUUUAAUGAUUUAUUUUUUAUUUUAGAUAUUUAAUUUUUUUUUAUACAUAUUAUAUCAGUUAUGAUACCAGAUUCUUCACAUAAGCCAAACAAUUUUUUUUCUUUGCGAUUAGUUUUUUUUAAAUGUUUCUUUGUAACUUCUUUUAAUUUUGAUUAGAUUGACUGAUUUUAGCACUUCUAAUGUUCACAAUUUUUUAACCAUGCAUGUGUUUAUUUUGCAUGCUUAGUUAGUUUAUGUUGGCUUUAUUUUGUACAAAAUAGUACUGAAAACAACUGUGAAGCAAGUGGGCGUGGGCUUGUUAGAGGUUGGUGGUAGAGUCCGUUCACGUGGCAGUAUGGCAGCCCGUGGUGCAAGAGGAGAACACGUGGUGGUCAACUUCGUCGUGUCCCGGACAGGCCUUCGGUUUCUGAGCCGCAAUAGCUUUUUCAAACUAAAACUCAAAAUUUUAUUUUAUUUUAUAUAUUGUAAUUAUUUAUAUGUCGUGGAUAACGACUUUUAGUUGUCGUGGAUAACGACUUUUAGUAAUAUUAGGACGGUGGUUUUCAUUAUUAUUUUAAAUGAUAAAAUGUUGUUUUGAUAAAUAUCACAAAAUGAAGGGUAGACUCCGUAACGCCACAGUAUAAAAUGGCGGUACGUGGACAGAGUCGUGGCAUUCCGUGUCAGACAGUCAUUCCGUCCGUCUCAGUCAGUGAGUCUCUGGCAGUCAGUCAGUCAGUCUGUCGGUAUGUGGAACGAAACUGUCGGUUUACCCUGUCAUUGUGAAAGUUGUGUGUGUUGAGUUUCAAUAAUUAUUGUUCAAAAGGUUUUAUUGACUUUUUAUAAACUGAGUUCAACCAAAUACGACUGAUGACGGAAACUACCGCUUAGCCAUCCCUGGUGUGUGCCAACAUAUAUAUAUUGAUUUAUCGUUUUUUCUUUUUUUCUUGCAAUUUGUUUAUUGAUUUAUUCCUUAAAUAUUUCUUUUAAUGUCAAUGCAUAUUUCAGAGUGUUCUCUGAUACACUGCAAAAUUUGCCAAUGGGCCAACCCUUGGAGACGCCCUUCAUCCCCUCGCCCUCCACCCUAAAAGGGUAAGGGUUCUCCCUCCUAUGGUGGAUAAAAACCCAAGGUGACUAUUCUGAUUGUUUUAAAUAUUUAUGUUCUUGAUAGUAAAACAAAUAUCCAUAGUAAACAAAUGUUUGUUAUGGUUUUCAGAGUAGAAUCUGUUUGGUCGUCUAUGGGGAUGGUCGACCAACCAAUCCUAUCGACUUCUCGUGGACAAGAAAUUUGUCCAUGCCUGCGUAACUAUUUAUCAAACAAAACUUUAUACGUUUAUUUGUUUUGCUAAGUUAAUAUGUUAUUAAAUAUUUAUUUUAUUUCUCAGAAGUUCGGAAGUUGACUAUUCUUCUUUAAAAAUUGGUCGACCACUGUAAGUUCAUCUCGGUUUACCACCUACAAGAUAAAAUAAUGACUACCAUUGAUUAAAAUAUACUUUUAAUUUUGUAGAAUCCAUCCGUCUAGUAACAGAUCCCUCCGAGAUGAUAAGAUGAUCUCUCUAAACCUUUUUUUAAACAAUCGCUGAUGUAAAAUACAUAUUGUAAUCAAAACCAGUUUUUUUUAUUGCUUAUGUGGGUAGAUUAGCUUACGGCCCACUUGGUGUUAAGUGGUUACUGGAGCCCAUAGACAUUUAGCGGUAGGCAGCGGCUUGGCUCUGCCCUUGGCAUUGCUGAAGUCCAUGGGCGACGGUAACCACUCACCAUCAGGUGGGCCGUGUGCUCGUCUGCCUACAAAGGCAAUAAAAAAUAAAUAAAAAAAAAACAUCUACAACGUAAAUGCCCCACCCAUCUAGUUCUAAGGUCUCAAUAUAGUAACAACGGCUACCCGACCCUUCAAACCGAAACGCAUUACUGCUUCACGGCAGAAAUAGGCAAGGCGGUGGUACCUACCCGUGCGGACUUACAAGAAGUUCUACACUUGUAACUUAUUUCUUUUCAGGCAGCGAGGAAGAGUCUGACAGUGACAGCGAGGGGGUUGCGCAGCCAAUAGUAUCCCGGGUUGAAAGGAUGCUUAUGCAAGCAAGAUAUGAAGAAACUGAAGAAACUCCCGCUAAUAUUAAUUUGCAGUGGUCUCCUUAACUGCAACAAUCAGCCAUCAGUGCCCCGACGCCCGUCUUACCGACGACUGUUUCUAUAAAGUCGAGCAACAAGUUUAAGUUCGACAGGAGAACGUUUUCGCAGCGUGGUCGCGAGACGCCACCGACGUGGUUGAGGUCGGCCGGCUUGCCACCGCCCCAGCAGCCGUCGCAGGAGUUGUCAAGAUACGAAGGUUGGUUUGGUUAUGUUCCUACCUACUUACAUCGACCGACAUAUCUACAUGUUUGUUGUUUUGCAUAAUGUGAGCACUAAGAACAAACAGGCUUGCUUUGCCGGCGGCUCGAAUUAAUAAAAUAAGCAACUCUUUUAGGGGGCUGGGUGUACAACUUUUCAACAAAAUCCCACAAAACGUUCAAUUACUACCUGUUCAUAGAUUUGUCAAGGAACGUUUGUGCAACAAGGCAUAUUAUAAAGAUAAGGAUAAUUUACUAGAUGGCACUACUAAGGUGUUCGCUCCUGGCCUUUUCAUUUUUCAUUAUUAUUAUUAUUUUUAAUUGUAUUUUUUUACUUGUUUUUUCGUUUAUUGUAAAUAUUUUUACUUAUUUAAGAAAAAAAAAAAAAUCAGAAAAAAGCAAAAAAAAAAGCCCGCUGAGUUUGUUUCGCCGGUUCUUCUCAUGACUGUGGCUUUUUUUGGAACCGGUGGGAGAGUUAAUAUUGUUAUUUAUAUUUUGACAUUCAACAAGUGUGUUAUACUGACAUCUAAGUUGAAAUAAAUGAUUUUGUUAUAAAUCAAUUUUGCGAGUAACCUCUGGGGUCAUCACUUUAUUCAAGAACAUGGUACCUACCUAUAUAUGUACGUACUUUUCACGUAAAUAUUUAUCUUUGGGAUUGCCACUCACAAUAUAUUAUUAAUCUACUAUCGGCACUUACCUGUGCAGACCUGAUACCUACCUACUAUCGGCACUUACCUGUGCAGACCUGUACACAUGUGUAUAUCCCAGAGAUCAACGGACAACAUGCAAUUAUUAAUGAUGCCAGUGCAUUCGACAAGGUUCUACGAUCAUUCCUUUACUGUUCAAGCUAUUCGUUUGUGGAAUGCUUUCCCGAUAUGCCGUCGAACGAAGGUGAAUAUAAUCGACAGUAUAGCGUUACGGGCAACGCACGGACGCCGCACGCGCCGAGAUCGGAGCCACAACAACCACUUGUUGCGGAAUUAGAUGACGAACUGCUGCAGGUAUUGGGAGAAGAUCCAUCAAAGUCUGAUCUUGUAGUACGCCUACAACACAUAGCUACAUCUGGGUUGUCUAAAGAAACAAGAAAGGAACUUUUAUCUAAGUACCUACUGCCAGGGAAUUGUACCCUAAUCAAUGCACCUCAUUUGGACGCAGAGGUAAAGGCCGCGUUCUCAGACACGGUUUAUAAGAGACCAAGGUGUCAAAACUAGACAGAAACAAACUGCUACAGCUACUUUUUGUUUAUCAGAGGCUGUUAAAAGUUUAAUUGCAAAGCAACAAAUGUCAUAUAUAUUUUUAUAGAUUUUAAUUUGAUUUUAUUUAUGGUUUUCAAUAAACUGUCAGCUAUGAGAUGUGCA